AUGGAGGCCUCUUCUUUCACGGCUUCUUCUACAAAUCUUCGAGCAAAGCAUCACGUUUUCCUUAGUUUCAGAGGCGAGGACACCCGGUACAGUUUCACCAGUCAUCUCCACGAAGCUUUGAGUCGGAAGAUGAUUGCAACUUUCAUUGAUAACGAACUCGAGAGAGGAGAUGAAAUUUCACCGUCUCUCUCGAAUGCGAUUGAAGGGUCAAAGAUUCUGGUUGUCGUUUUCUCGAAAGGCUAUGCGUCUUCUCGAUGGUGUCUGGGAGAACUUGUGAAGAUCCUGGAAUGCAAGAAGAUGUACGGUCAGAUUGUGAUACCAGUUUUCUACCAUGUGGAUCCAUCGGAUGUGAGGAAUCGAACAGGGAGUUUUGGAAAUGGAUUUGCUGAGGUUGAAGAACGAUUUAAGGAGCAACCAGAGAUGGUGCAGGGAUGGAGGAAUGCCUUAACUGAAGCAGCCAAUCUGUCCGGCUGGCUUUUGAGUAACAAAACGUCUGAAGCCGAAAUGGUGAAAAAUAUUGCCAAUGAUAUUUGCAAGAGAUUGGGGAAUAUUAUGGCUGCUGCAUGUGAUAGCAAAAAGUUGGUUGGACUAGAGUCAAUGAUCAAAGAAUUGAUUGAGUUGUUAUUCAAUAAAGAUGUUUGCAGAUUGGGAAUAUGGGGCAUUGGUGGUAUAGGCAAAACAACUAUUGCUCGUGCUAUAUUCAAUAAAAUCUUGAAUAAGUUUGAUGGAUUCUAUUUUGUCGAAAAUGUUAGGGAAGAGUCCAAAAACCCUAAUGGACUAGUUCACUUGCGAGAGAAACUUCUUUCUACUAUACUAGGGGAUCAAAGUCCUAACAUUGGAUACUACAUCACAAAAGAAAGGCUCAAUCUAAUGAAGUCUUUGAUUGUUUUUGAUGAUGUAGUAGAUUUUCAACAGAUAGAAAGUCUGAUUGAAGAUUAUAGAAGUUUGGGUUCUGGAAGCCGAGUCAUUAUAACAACAAGAGAUAAACAAGUGCUUGAGAACUGUAGAGUUGAUGUAAUUUAUGAAGUUAAACAAUUAUCUCAUCCUGAAGAUUUGCAUCUUUUUAGCCAGUAUGCUUUCAAACAAAGUCUCAUCCCAGAAGAUUAUUUGCUACUAUCAAAUAAGGUGGUAAAUUAUGCUAAAGGUCUCCCAUUAGCUCUUAAAGUUCUUGGUUCUUCUCUACUUAGCAAGAACAAACGAAUUUGGGAAAGUACAAUAAGUAAACUAGAAGAAACUCCUCCUUUAAAUAUUUACAAUGUGUUGAAAGUAAGUUAUGAUGGAUUGGAUAAUGAGGAGCAAGAUAUAUUUUUGGAUAUUGCAUGUUUUUUCAAGUGGAAGGAUAGAGAUUUGGUCAUAAAAAUUUUGAAUGCAAGUGAGUUGAAGGCUGAGUGUGGAAUAAGUGAUCUUGUUAAUAAGUCUCUCAUAACUAUAUCAUCAGAUAAUACGAUAACAAUGCAUGAUUUGCUUCAAGAAAUGGGAAAAAAAAUUGUCCGUGAAGAAAAAGAUAUUUGGAAACGUAGUCGAUUAUGGCAUCACAACGAUAUUCAUCAUGUGCUGAAAAGAAAUAUGGGAAAUGAAGCGAUUCGUGGCAUAUGUUUGGACAUGUUUGAAAUAAGGGAUCUACACUUGAAUUCUCUUAGUUUCUCAAAUAUGCAUAGCUUGAAAUUCUUGAAGGUCUAUGGAGCUGUUAAUAAUAAGGUGCAUGGUUUUCAAGACCUGGUAUUUAACUUUUCGGACUUAAGAUAUAUUUGUUGGCAUAAUUAUCGAUCGAAAUCUUUGCCAUGCAAUUUUAAUCCUGAGAACCUUGUUGUACUUGAGAUGCGCCAUAGUAAUCUUGAAGUACUUUGGAAUGGGGUCCAGAAUCUUGUUCAUUUGAAAUACAUGGACCUAAGUUACUCGGUGCAUCUACGCAAGAUUGCAGACCUUUCACAGGCUUCAAAUCUUGAGAGCUUGAUUCUCGAAGGUUGUACAAGUUUGGAUGAGAUCAUUGCCCCAUCUAUCCGGAAGCUCGAUAAACUUGUUAUUCUCAAUCUAAGAAAUUGCAAAAGCCUCCGCAGACUUCCACCUGGUUUUCAAUCACAUUCUCUUAGAUUUGUUGUUCUCUCGGGUUGCUCAAAUCUCGAAACAGCUCCAAAGAUCUCAUGUAAUACAGAGCAACUCUAUCUGGAUGGAACUGCGAUAAAAGAACUUCCCUCUACCUUUGAACAUCCUUCUAGACUAGUUCGAUUCACUCUUCAGAAUUGUUACAGGCUUGAGACUCUUCCAAGAAGCUUUCGUAAGUUUAAAUCUCUUAAACAUCUUUCUCUGUCUUCUUGCUCGAUUCUUGAGACUAUUCCAGAGAUCCCACAUAAGUUAGAAGAGUUAUAUAUUGAUGGAAUUGCAAUAAAAGAAUUGCCUUCUUCGGUUGAGUCUCUAUCCUAUCUUCACACAUUGAGUCUCAGGAAUUGUUCCAGGCUUGAGAAUAUUCCUGAUGGGAUUUGUAAGCUAAAAUCUCUCAAGUUUCUGUCUCUCUCUGGCUGCUCGAACAUCAAGAUGAUUCCAGAGAUCUCAUGUCGGUUGGAGCAAUUACAUUUAGAUGCAACUGCAAUAAAAAAAUUGCCCUCGUUAAUGGAGAUUCUAUCUAGUCUGGUUACACUGAGCUUAAAAAAUUGUUCAGCUCUGGAGAAUCUUCCGGACGAAAUUUGUAUGUUGAAGUCUCUCAAACAUCUCUAUAUCUCUGGUUGUUCGAAACUUGACAUAAUGCCUGAAGACAUUGGAAACCUGAAAAGUUUGGAGGUGUUUGAAGCUGAUGGGAUCCCUGCAACAAAAUUACCAUCAUCCAUGGAAAGUCUGAGCAACAUUCGGGCAUUAUCUUUUGAGAGAUGUAAAGGACAAGACUUGCUGCUUUCGAUGCCUCCUAUGCUCUCGGGUUUGAAGUUGUUGCAGAAACUAAACCUGAAUAGCUGCAAUAUCACAGAAUUGCCCAACAGUCUAGGCGAUUUAUCCUUUCUGGAACAUUUGUAUCUUUCUGGAAACAAAUUUGAGAGCAUUCCAGGAACAAUCAUUAAGCUUUUGAAGCUGUCGUCACUCGACUUGAGCUACUGCAACAUGCUUCAAUCCUUGCCAAACCUUCCUAGUAACAUCCAACUCCUAAUGGCAAAUAGCUGCAAAUCUCUGCAAACAUUAUCUGAUUUGCCGAUUCCAAGCAAUGGAUAUUACAAUGGGAAUCUGAGCUUCGUCAAUUGCUCUAAUCUGGACUGGAGAACGCUCACAAACAUUCUGGAUUACGCUCUGUCAAAUAUGUAUGAAAAGGCCUCUUACUUUCCAAGGCAACCUUUCAGUUACAUGUGUUUCCGAGGAAGCGAAGUUCCUGAAUGGUUUAACUUUCAAAGUACGGGGUCAUUUAUUGAUCUCCCGGAAGGCUCACUGAGUCAUAAUUUUAUUGGUUUUGCCUUCUGCAUUGUGUUAUCAUUCCAGGAUUACAAAGCUGGAACAUUGGUUGUUGAUUGCGAGUUGCUUUUGAGAUGCGAAGACAGCGGCUGGAAGAAAGCAGGGAGCCGCAGUUUUCUGGCUUGGAACAAAGAGUAUGCAGUCUCAGAGGUUGAAUUUGAUCAUGUGUUUCUGGGAUAUGAUUGCCAAGUGAAUGAUAAUUCAGAAUGCGAUGAAUUCUCUGAGGCCAUUGUCAAGUUCAGUGUUACAGAUCAUCGGGAACCUUUAGAAGAUUGUGUGGUGAAGAAGUGCGGAGUCCGUUUAUUGUUCAGGAAGGAGGAAUCCAGCUGGUGUUCUCUCUCGGAUGAAAACGACGAGGAAGAGGAGCCAGACUCCAAGAGAUUGUAG